CGCCAAACAAAAAGAGACGUUUUUGUGUGUUUCUGCUUUCUGGUGAGUUGAUGCCAUCACAGCACAACACUACUACGUGUUCCCUCCUGCCAGCGAAAAAAAAAACACGCUUAUUGUCUUCUUCUGGUUUUCUUUCCUCUGAAAUUUCAUGACUUUUGCGAGAUUGUUAGCUGCCGCCGAUUCGAUUGGUUGAAGUCAAAAGGCGGCUGAAUUCAGAUAUUCUGUCUUUGUGUGGCCAUUGAAAAUUUAAUUGAUGCCGGACGAUCUAGUUGGUGCCUGGGACACAUUGUGUAUUUGUGUGGACAAAAAAGAAAUAUUGGGUUUCAUAGGUUUGUAGCCAUAGGGGCUUGGGAGUUAGUGAGUUACAGUUCUGUAAAAGUAAGAUUUUGAUAUAGUGUGAGCUGUGGGGGAUGGAGGCUACCAGACGUUGGUUUAGUAAGUUCAGUCCUAGAGAAAAGCAUAAGCCUCACAAGAAGGAAACUACUAGUACUGGGGAUGAAGCGUCGAAAUCUCCCACAAGUGAGGCAACACCUUCAAAUGCCACACAGCAAAAGGUAGCCGCUGCUAAACAGUAUAUAGAAAAUCAUUACAAAGAACAAAUGAAGAGCCUGCAGGAUCGUAGGGAGCGCCGUAACAUGUUGGAAAAGAAACUUGCUGACGCUCAGGUUUCUGAGGAAGAGCAAAACAACCUCCUGAAGUACCUUGAAAAGAAAGAGAGAGAAUUCAUGCGCCGUCAAAGGCAUAAAAUGGGUUCUGAGGAUUUCGAGCCAUUGACAAUGAUAGGAAAGGGAGCAUUCGGUGAGGUUAGAAUAUGCAAGGAGAAAGCAACUGGCCAUGUAUAUGCCAUGAAAAAGCUUAAGAAAUCAGAGAUGCUUCGGAGAGGCCAGGUUGAGCAUGUCAAAGCAGAAAGGAAUCUUCUUGCAGAAGUUGAUAGCAAUUGCAUUGUCAAGCUGUACUGCUCUUUCCAGGAUGAGGAAUAUCUCUAUCUAAUAAUGGAAUAUCUUCCUGGUGGAGACAUGAUGACAUUGUUGAUGCGAAAGGAUACCUUAACCGAAGAUGAGGCGAGGUUCUAUGUGGGUGAAACAGUCCUUGCUAUAGAAUCUAUCCAUAAACAUAACUAUAUUCAUAGGGAUAUAAAACCUGACAACUUGCUUCUUGAUAGAAGUGGGCACAUGAAAUUGUCUGAUUUUGGACUAUGUAAACCACUAGACUGCAGCAAUCUUCACGAAAAGGAUUUUGCAGCAGGAAAUAAUUAUAGUGGUAUUUUAGAAAGUGAUGGGCGCCCUAUAGUUCGAAAACGCACUCAACAGGAGCAACUGCAGCAUUGGCAGAAGAACAGGAGAAUGCUUGCUUAUUCAACUGUUGGCACACCUGAUUAUAUUGCACCAGAGGUUUUAUUAAGGAAGGGAUAUGGAAUGGAAUGUGACUGGUGGUCACUUGGUGCUAUCAUGUAUGAAAUGCUUGUGGGGUAUCCACCUUUCUAUUCAGAUGAACCAAUGUCUACAUGUAGAAAGAUAGUAAACUGGCGUACACAUUUGAAAUUUCCCGAGGAGGCAAAACUGUCAUGUGAAGCAAAGGAUCUUAUUUGCAAACUCUUAUGCAACGUAGAACAAAGGCUUGGAACUAGAGGCGCUAAUGAAAUAAAGGCUCACCCAUGGUUCACGGGAACGGAUUGGGAUAAAUUAUAUCAAAUAAAGGCUGCAUUUAUUCCAGAAGUUAAUGAUGAGUUGGACACUCAAAAUUUUGAGAAGUUUGAAGAGAGUGGUAAUGAGGUUCCAGCAACAGCACAAUCAGGUCCAUGGAGGAAGAUGCUUCCUUCAAAGGAUGUCAACUUCAUGGGUUACACAUACAAGAACUACGAGAUUGUGAAUGAAAGUGGAGCUCCUGGAAUCGCUGAAUUGAAGAAGAAGAGCACUAAGCCUAAGAGACCAAGCAUAAAGACCCUUUUCAGUGAAGAUUCAGAAGCGGGUUCGACCCAAUCGGCGAAGGGGAGUUUUCUUAAUCUCUUGCCUCCGCCACCAGAAGUCUCAAAGUCGGGCGAAUCAGAACCUCACUAACCCCUGUAACCAAUUAGCAUCAGGCUGGUGACUUUGACCAACCAUAGGAAACCAAACAUAUUACAUAAAGCAGCGUAAAGUACUCAUCUACUGAUCUUAAUCAUUCCUAAACCAAGAAGCUCUCUGGUAGUGGUGUGUGUAAUUUAGCUACUAAGCAUUAAGUACCCGAAACGAACUGCUCUCUCUCGAGUCUGCAUUUUGUUGCAAUGGCUCCCGUUGAUCAUUUUGUGCAAAAAUCUGUUCGUGCGGUGCAUAUAAAGGUGUUCUUUGUUACUGCAGUGGUUUGUGUUUGGAGCUUUUGUAAUCUGCCUUCUUACCACUGAAAUGCCACAUUUUAUAGUGCCAUAAUGUAUUCCAGAUAUAUUACAUUGAGUGAAGUUCCGUCUUUGCUCAAGUCCAGGGAGGUGUUGGUAUUCUC